UAGGUACGCCCCCAAGUCUCGGGAGAAACGGGUGGAAGAAGAUAGUCACAGACGUCCCACAUCAAGCUAGCUAACAUUGAACGAGCUUGCUUUCAGGAUGGGUACCAGAGAUGACGAAUACGAUUAUCUGUUCAAAGUGGUCCUGAUUGGAGACUCUGGAGUGGGGAAAAGUAAUCUGCUGUCCCGUUUCACCCGUAACGAGUUCAACCUGGAGAGCAAGAGUACCAUAGGUGUUGAGUUCGCUACUCGCAGUAUACAGGUGGAUGGGAAGACCGUAAAGGCCCAGAUAUGGGACACGGCUGGACAAGAACGCUAUCGAGCCAUAACUUCUGCGUAUUAUCGUGGUGCGGUAGGGGCCUUGCUGGUGUAUGACAUCGCUAAGCACCUCACCUACGAAAAUGUGGAGCGCUGGUUGAAGGAGUUGAGGGACCACGCCGACAGCAACAUUGUCAUAAUGCUGGUGGGAAACAAAAGUGAUCUCCGCCACCUUAGGGCAGUGCCCACCGAUGAGGCUCGGGCAUUUGCAGAGAAAAACGGUCUGUCAUUUCUUGAAACUUCAGCACUGGAUUCUACAAAUGUCGAGACAGCCUUCCAGACCAUUCUGACUGAAAUCUAUCGCAUCGUGUCCCAGAAACAGAUGUCUGAUCGGCGGGACAACGACAUGUCUCCUAGCAACAACGUCGUUUCUAUCCAGGUGCAGCCUACUGAGAACAAACCAAAGAUGCAGUGUUGCCAAAGCAUCUAGCAACACCAUCCCACCUGCACAGCCCCACCCCACCCCCACCCUCCCACCCCCCAACUCUGCUCCCCAGCACCACCUGACCUGCACAACC